UGUCAAAAUAAAUAUAAUUUUGAUAAAUACAUUUUGCUACAGAAACUUUAUUAAUUAUCGGCUAGCAAGAAUACAAAAAUAAAUAAUAUCAAUAGAUUUUUUUCGGUGGAUAAUUUAAAAACUGUAAUUUGUAUCCGACAUCACAACAUAGCGGCAUUUUUUUUUCAUAAAAUAUAAAGAUGACUACUGAAAGUGCCAUUGGUGAUGGAGUUACAAAAAAUGUCAAUGUUCCACCAGAAUUGCCUGAAAACCAUCGCUUUCUGGAACCUGAGAAAGCAGUUAAAACAAUCACUGACAUGGCAAUAUGGGAAAAAUCAGAAGCUUACAUGGAGUACACAGGCUUCAUAGCAACACUCAAUGAAGCUAUUAAAGCUAAGCCACUGACUGUAGACUGCAAGAUCUCUGACAAUGUGAAGAGACUAGUGAACAUGCUAGAGUUGAUUGAACGCAUGAUAGAUGAUUUCCCACCUAUUGAGCAGCCACAAAGGUUUGGUAAUGUUGCUUUCAGAUCCUGGCUCUCCAAACUAAAGGCAAACAGUACCCUAUAUCUCCAAGAAGCUCUGCAUCCUAGGAUACACUUAGCUAUACCUGAAGUCAAGGUUUACUUGGAGGAGAGCUUUGGUAAUGCUACAAGGAUUGACUAUGGCACAGGCCACGAAAUGGCUUUCACUAUGUUUCUCUGUUGUUUGUUCAAAGUGGGUAAUUUGUCCCCUGAAGAUAAUGUAGCAGUUGUAUUUAUAGUAUUUACUAAGUAUUUAUCUAUAGUAAGAAAGUUGCAGAAGACUUACAGAAUGGAGCCGGCUGGCAGUCAUGGUGUAUGGAGCUUAGAUGAUUACCAGUUCAUACCCUUCAUUUGGGGCAGUUCACAAUUAAUUGACCAGCCAAGGAUAUAUCCUCCAGCCAAGUUCUUAGAAGAUGAUAUUAUUGAAAAAUAUCACACUGAGUAUAUAUUCAUAUCAUGUAUUAAACACAUUAAAGAAGUGAAGAAAGGUCCAUUUGCAGAGCAUUCUAACCAGCUGUGGAGUAUAAGUGCAGUUGGCUCUUGGACUAAAAUUAAUCAAGGUCUCAUUAAGAUGUACAAGAAAGAAGUCUUGGCAAAGUUUCCAGUAGUUCAGCAUGUGCUGUUUGGCUCACUUCUCCCCAUUAGGAGGUUCCCUCUCAACCAUUAGAAAAAUGGCUCUGACAAUUCUGAGAAACUGAAGGGAGAAACAAGGGUUGGCAAUAUAAAGCACUCACUGCAAAUAUUGGGAAUAACUGUCAGGAAUGAGAUUUCAAAAAGAAUAAGAGAAUUAGACGACAGCGUUUCUUGGAGUACAAUGUGUUUUAUUUAUAUAUGUAUUCAACCAUCUUAACAGCUACUACCAUUAGGCUUUUCUAAUUAAAAAAUGCCAGUAUUAUGUGUUGUGCAAUUUAUGAUAGAAACAUGUUAUUUAAUUACUUACAAACUUGCAGGCACGGGAGGUACAAGCCUGUCAUGACGUCACAUGUCUUAUCAGACAAACAUGAAAUCGGUAUUUAGUUUAUUUCCUUGCUUACUAUAUCUUAGCUUGCUUAUCUGUAUACCACAAAGUCGAUAUUUCUUAAGUUAUUACGAAUGACUAGAAGAACUACUAUUAUGUUACGUAAUUCAACAAUAAGUUAUGUUUACUCACUUCCGAUUUCGGUAGAUAGUGGUUUUGUAUUUUGUUAAUCGUUUUCGCAAUAUAAUAAUUUAUGUGCGUACUUUGAGCCAGUCUCAUUAUUAUACUUGUACGUACAUUAAAUAUAUCAUUGUUCUUGCUUUGCGUGUUAUAAGUAUAAUGUUAAUGUGAUAUAAUUUUAUUGAUGUCUGUCGUUAAUUUUAGCAUUUAACCACAAUGUCUUGUCACUUAAUAAAUAUUUACUUGAAAAACA